CACACACACACACACACACACACACACACAAGAAAAAAUAAAUCUAGAAGUAAUGCAGCGUACAAUCAUAAGCGACAAGCAAAAUAUAAGUGAGUGAAAAAUGUAAUCCUCAGAAAACAGAAACUCAAGUGGUGCAAAAAAAAGUUAACCGCUGAACAGAAAAGUGAAAUUAAAAAAAGCUACUAAAAGAUCUACUAUAUAAAAAAAUCUCAACAAAGACUAAAUUAACGCAGACAAAAGGAAGAAAGCAAGAGAAUAAAGAGAAGAAAUAUAAACAAAACGGCUUCAUAAAACAAAUAAAAAUACCGAAAAGAACAAAUAGUGAUGAAAAAAAUCCCAGCAAGAACAAAUUGACGUGAACACAGGGAAGAACACGAGCGAGAGAAACAGAAGAAAAACCAGCUUCAUAAAACACUAAAAACACACAAAAGAAAACAAAAAAAACUUCAAAGAGAGACACGAAACAAAAGGAAUCGAGUUACCGCUCCACAAAAGACCAAAAUGACGUAAAGAAAAAAAAAAAAAAGACAGAAAGAGAAGAAAAAACACAAACAAACAAAACAGCUUCAUAAAACAAACACAUACACAACAAAACAAAACAACAACCUCAAAGAAAGAGAAAAACAAUUCAAAACAAAAGGAAACCAAGUCAACAAACCCCAAACACAACACACAUUUUUCAAGAAAGAAGGAAAAAGCGGAACAUGGUGUAGGAUCGGCUGUCAUAAUGGACCUGGCAACGCUGCUCCCGACAAGGCUCAGACUAGCAACGGUGCUCGUCUUGGUGGCUGCCCACACCUGCUCGGCGACCCCAGGAAAGCCAAAGAAGGAGUCGAAGUCCUGGACGCCGCCGGAGUUCGAUGAAAGUCUACCUCGCAGCCUCACCGUGAUGGAGGGCGAACCGGCAGCUCUUCAGUGCGUCGUCAGCAAGCUACGCGGACGAUCAGUGUCUUGGAUCCGCCAGACUGACCUUCACGUGAUCUCCGCCAACGACCUGACCUUCACCACGGACGGCAGAUUCAAGGUGGUGAUUGACAACACGACAUCGUCCUUCACCUUGGAAGUGGCGGAGGCCCUGAGGAACGACUCUGGGGUGUACGAGUGUCAGGUGAACACUCGACCCAAGCUCUCACGUGCCUUCAACUUGAGUGUCGUGGUUCCUGCAGCGAGGAUUCCGGGACCCAAGGAACUGUUUAUCAAGAGCGGCUCUACCCUCGUCCUCACCUGCGUGGCUCACCUUCACCCCAACGCUCUUAGCACAGUGGAGUGGACGCACAACAAGACCAAGGUGACAAUAACAGGCGGGCGAGGGGGCGUCAGCAUUCACACAGAGAAGGCGGGGCGGCUGCUCUCUUCCAAGCUGUCGGUGGUUCGCGUGGCACCGGAGGACGCGGGGAACUACACCUGCCAGCCCGACACCGUCUCCCCCGCCUCGGCCACCGUGUUUAUUGUGGACGAAGACGUCCCCGCAGCGAUGCACCACGACAGCGCUGCCAGGCGGGGUCACUUCACCUCUCCACUCCUCCACCUGGCGCUCCACACCCACCUGGUCCUCCACAGCGCAUCCUCCACCUUCUACUCCACAUGCAUCGCCGCCUUUCUCUUAUGACUAGGCGUGAUCUUAGCCACCGGAGAUCUAGGAGUGGUUAAUGUUGUGUUGAUACUAGUCUCCUGGUGACAGAUAGGAGCUAGUCUUGUAAAUAGGGGGAGAG